UCCUCUUGUGAAAAAAAUAUUUUGGAAUUUACUUUUCUACGUCAAUUUUGUUCCUAAUGAUAAAUAAAUCCUCUUUGGAAAGGAAAAAAAGAAAAUAAUGUGAAAAAAUAAGGUGUUCAAGUUUAAUUCAAAUGAAUAGCGUCGAAGAGAGUCAAAGUAGAAAAUGAAAAGCUUCAUUUUGAUCGAUGAAUUUGAUUGUACGCGCGUGUUAUGAUAUGAAGAUUGAAGAACAAAGCCUUUUCUUUUAAUUAUUGUUAUUAUUAUUUAGUACUUCGAUUUUACAGCUUCCAAUUGAAAAUCCAAUCAUUCUCUCCCACUUUUCUUUUUUGCUUUUAAUUGAUAUUCUUCAUCGGAGCAAACAGAGUGGUAGGUGAAGGUUUCUCUUUCUUCGGAUCGUAAGAUUAGAUCCUUUCUUUCUUUCUUCUUCGUCUCAAUUUGAAGAACGAGUUCGAACAAUUUCGAGUAGAUGUCCCCGUCGAAUAGUUCACCCAGUGGAGUUAAUGGACAUGGAGGAUCGAAUUACAUAGAGCAUCAAAUUUCUAGAAUGGAUACUCUCGCUGGAAUCGCCAUAAAGUACGGAGUCGAGGUAGCUGACAUUAGGAGAUUGAAUGGCUUGGCAGCAGAUCUUCAAAUGUUUGCUUUGAAGAAGCUAAGAAUUCCUCUACCGGGUAGACAUCCGCCAUCACCCAGCCUGUCUGAUGGUUCUGCCGUUACUGGAAAUGGAUCUGUAAAUGAAGAGCCUCUACAUUUAGGCCAACCUACCAAUAUGCUAAACUCUUUGCAAUCUUGGAGAUUGAAAUCACCAAACCAAAAAGCCUCCCCUGCCAUGAGCACAUUGCAAAAAUACUAUGGUCUAAGUUCACAAACUCUUGAGACCUCGUCAGUAGACAUGGAGAUGUCUGUAUACAGAACUGAAAAUUCAAAUUCCACUGGCGAUGGGUUGUUUUCCAGAACCUCUGUACUCUCUACACCACCUCUAAACAUUUACUCGAAGACCAGGAAAUAUGCUGGUAGUUUCUGGACUGAUAAUGACUCAAUAACCGAGCAUCUAUUACGUACAGAUUCCGGAGAUGUAGAGAGUGAGAAAUCUGAUGAGAAAUUAGUUCGAAGGCGUCAAAAAGCUGAAGUCGACAAUGGUGUUACCACCACAGAGAGAUCGCUGAAGGGCGAAAAUAGCAACGGAAACUAUUUUUCUCCUUCAAAUGGAAAGAGUUUAGCCAUGAGGCUAAAAUCAGGUAGCAGAACUGCUCUGUUAUCAGAUUCAGAUCCAGUGUGGAUAAAUUCGAUUCCAGUAGGAUUAGGAGAUGAUAUAAUUACUGAUGGAACUUCUGAAGUUCAUAAAUCGUUAAGUACAUCAAACCUGAGAGACCAAGAUAACAGCAAUUCAACGUCUGUAUGGUCAACUGCAAAGUGGAGUUUGAAGCCAGACUUGCAAGCUCUCUCAAGCGUUGCAAUCUCAAAACCAUUGUUUGAUGGUUUGCCAAAUCCAAUCACAGGCCGCAGGAACAAAGCUGCUCUUGAUUAACCAUGUUCAUAACUCUGUUCAUAUUCUUGCUCGUCGAACUGCUUUGAUUCAUUCAUUUGGGCCGGAAAUUCUUUUGGGAAAUGUUGUUACAUGAAUGUAUAGGUAGGAAGGCAAAAUAAGAGAGAGAUUGACGUUUAAGGAAGUUGAUAAUAGUAAAUACAACACCAAAAUAUAUAUAUAUAUAGUUCUUUUCUUCUUGUCAGAUUUGAGUCGUCUGGUGUAAGAGGCAGAAGCACUUUCAUUUGUACUUAAGAUUAUUCGUUUCCGUUAACUUUCCAAGAAAAAUACAGCCUUUCAUAAA